AUGUGCUUUGCUUUCGUCUGUCUUGUUUGUUGCCCUGAGGGGCUGGUGCAACAGCACAUUAGACAUUUUGCUGCUCUCCAGUUCCAUUCGGGUCUCAGCACUCACCAAAAGACCUCAUUUCGUUACAACCAUUUGCUGUUGAUGUUGACACUUUACCAAUUGCCUGCAGAGCUGAAGAGAUCCAUGCGUCGAUUGCACCAAAUGCUGCCAACCGGUCCUCUUCUGGCUGCUGUGCCUCGACUGCACCAAAACAUCGAGGCACUCGAGACAAUCUUCUUCGGUUCUGAUCAACGCUUGAGCAGAUUUUGCUGGUCGUCUCAUCUGUUAGGCGUCAUUAAAGCUCAUCUCUGCCCGCCAGAUACAUAA